AUGGCGUUUAACCCCAAUUAUCAAACGGGACAACGGGGCUCUAUUCGCCGUCAGGUGGCCACCUUGAACUCUGAGGGAUCUUUGGAUGCCAACUCUGCUUACGAGCGAGAAAAUUCUAUACUCUCUGACUCCGAGGCGUCACUGUGGGUAUUGUUUAACCCCACCGAGGGGUCGGAUAUUUUACUGUUGAGCAACGGAACAGUCGAGGAAAGUGACGAGGAGAGUGAAAGUGGUAAUGAGAUAGAUCCUGAAGACUCGCUUAUUGACGAUUUUGCUCCGUUACCGUCACAAUCACGUCUUGAGCGUCUUUUUACUCACCAGAAACAGCCACAGUCGAGUCGCCUAGAUCAGCGCAUCGACCAGUGGCGCAACGAUCACUGCGAAUCCGAGCUCGUGGACGAUAAUACCGCGUCAUGGGACUUGGACGAGAACUUACAGUCGGAACUCCGGUCGGAAACUACGUCUACACACACCAUUACUCCGGAUGAGCCGCCAAAUACGAGGCCGUUUUAUGGCGACGAUCUUGUGCGCAACAUGUCGAGAAGACAGUUUCGCAAAGUGAAGCGAACCGCAGGACGAUUGGCGCCUAAUUUGACGAGAGAGCAGCAACAGGGCAGGUUACCACAGUUGCUCGACCAACUCAUAUCUCGGCUCUUACGGUCGCCGGAGUUUGGCUUGGAGUUUAAUCUCCAAAACCAUUCGUACCAGCUGCUCAUUGAGACGAUGCUUGAGCAUCCGCCACGGCCCCGGGUGGGUCCUGCGACAGUGGAGUACUCCGACACUGCCAGCUCGUCCUCGAUGGUUCUCUGUGGAGGCUCAUGGGGCGAUAUAUAG